ACCGGUCAAUCAAAGGAAGGUUCUUGCAGCUGCUAUAAGCUGAUCUGACACAUCAGUUGUAGUUGUCCCAUAUUAUCGCAAGUUCUCGUUCUUUUUUAACAUCCCAAAUAGUACCUCUCCGCCCACAGUUUUCACCCAAUUCAUUCGAAGCAGGCAAGGGGAUGCUAUAGAUGAUUGAAUUCUAAUGGCGGAAUCUGUCAAGGCUGCGAUUGUCCAGGAGACAGUUAGCCAAAUCCUAUCUGGUCUUGUUCAAAAAUAUGAGGAGAAAGAGGAAUCAAAUGCAAAUAGAAACUUGGAGAGGCUAGAGAUGGCUCACAUUAGGCUAGAGGCUGCUCUUGAGACAUCUGAUAAUUGGCAGAUCACUGAUGCAUCCUUAUUGCGCUGGCGUAGGAAACUGAAGCGUGCUGCUCAAGAGUGUGGUGACACGCUGCACAAAAGCAAGCAGCAAAUCCUAGAAAGGGAACAAAUGAAAUGGGAGGUAAAGAAUUCCUCCCUUCCUAAUCGUAUUGUGCAUGCUACAAAGUCAUUUGUUUCCUCUGUCCUUGACCGCAACAACAAUGAAUUGACCAGAUCCAUUGCUCAAAGAUUUGAGUGGUAUGCAGCCGGUGCUAGUGAGUUUCUGAGAUUCGUAGAGUUUGGUGGCACACCAUGUUGUCACAUGCCUUUUGAUUCCCUUGUCAAGAACCUUUUUGCAGGCAAGCAACUACAUCAUAAAAUUGUUCGGGGAAAUAAGUAUCCCUCCUUUCAGUUAUGGUUAUUUCCGAUCUAUACUUCUGUGCAUGGAACCAUUGUUAACUUGACAUUUCUCCAGUAUGAUGGUACACCAGAGGGUCCUAUAUUCUUUAAUUUGGUCGUACAACUCUCGGAGAGUACAGAUAUAGUUGGUAUCGCACUUAGGUGCUUGCAGUAUUUUUCCCCUCAUUUCAAGUGUAAUUUUGAAAAUAUUAGAAAUGAACUUACUCAACUGUCCACUCAAGACUUCUCAUGGGAGCCAUCUAUUUAUUACCGCAAGGAACAGUGGGACAAAUUCAACAGCUUCUUGUUACAGUGGGCCCGGCCAAACCCAUUUUGUUGCAAGCAGCAUGGUCAGCAUGAGGUUCAACACUUUAGCAACAUAGACAUGGCAGGAUUUUCAGAAGUUUUGCUAGAACCAGUAAUUAAUUUGUAUUUGCAGUGUCAAGUCUCAAUGUCUGUUUACAGCAAACAAAAGACAUCACAGUCUGAAGACAUAACUUCUCUGCAAGACUAUCCGUAUCUGAAAACCGGUAUCUCCUUUUGCCCCCAUGGCUGUUUAGAGGACAUGCUGCCAGCCAAUAGAAGUUCUGAAAUAGCUGCCAUAGUCCGCAAGGAGCAACAUUGCUUGCAUACAGACAUUACCCUAGAGCAGCUAGAAGAGAUUAUGCUGCCAAGGACAAUAGAUUACUUCCACCAGAAUGCUGAAGCGAUGGUUUACCAAAUGAUUUGGAAGUCUAAACAUGGGCUUGCACAUAUUCAGGUUGAGAAGCCAUGCAUGAGCACACGGAGAUCAAGCAUGAGAACACAGAGAACUUUUGAGGUUGCUAGUAAGAGAAAGCAAUUGCAAGGGCAUGCCGUGGAUCUUAUUAGGAGUCAGAUAGCCUGUCACUGGCUCGACUUAUGGGUUACACAUGUGCCCGUGCAGUUGCAAAGACCGGUCAAGAUCUGGGUGCGAAAAGAAAAGGAAUUUCUAUCAGCAGCACCGCAGCUAUACCUGAAAUUCUAAAUAAUGUAAUUUGGAUGCACACGGGAGACAAGAUAGUAAAGGACUCCAAAUAGAAUGAAGAUAUCAAAUAUUAGAGUUAAUAUUCACAACCUAGGACAAAAUCUGUCAGGACAUUGAUACUCCCAGAGCUAGAAUUCGGGUUUAAUGCUCCAAACACAACGGCGAGAGGAGGAAAGCUACAGCAUGAAGGUGUUAAAGUAACAUCGCAAUAGUCAGGAAGUUGUGAAGUAAUAUGCUCUACUUUUUUUUUACAAUACAUGAGAGAGUUGUGUGUCAUUUAAUUAAUAAAGUAGAAGAGUAUUAAUACAAACAAUUACAACCACAUUAGGAACUUGUGCAAUUGUAGCACGCCACUUGUUCUUGGUUUCAAUUUGUGUGCCUUGCAUGUGUGAUAUUGUUUGAUUCUCACCA